UGGGGGAGGAGAGAGAGGAGCAGCGGAGACAGGCAGAGCGCGCGGCAGGAUCUGGACCCACCUGGACUCUACGGCCAGGCUGAGGUGGAGCGAGGAGGUUCGGACCAAACCGGGCCGGGCCGGGCCGACCCCAGGCUGAGGAACAUCAACGCCCCAACAGCGCCGCUUCUUGUCGCUUCCCCUGGGUCCGGUCCGGCGGCCGGCGCUGCGUUUCCGUGGCGAUGUUCCGGCGCAGGAAGAAGAAGCACCGGCUGGAGAUCUCGGCGCCGCUGGACUUCCAGCACCGCGUCCACACGUCCUUCGACGUCUCGACGGGACGCUACGUGGGUCUGCCGGCACAGUGGCAGAGCGUCAUCGACACGCUGAAGAGGCCACGCCCCCUGGUGGACCCGUCCAGGAUCACCAACAUCGAUCUGGAACCCAGAAAGCAGACGAUCGUUCGCGGCAGCUUCAUCGGCCAUGGCGACUACAUCAGUCAUGUGAUCUCUGAGAUGAGCCGCGUUUCCGUCACCAGCUCCAACUCGCUGCGCCGCACCAGCCCGUCGGCACGGAAACGCGCCCAGUCGAUGGGCCGGCUGGGAGACGUGGCGGAGGACGAGUCGUACCACUACCUGGAGAUCAGCCGGCGGAGCAGCAGCGUGAAGGCCGGCGGGGGCGCCACCUACUGGCAGGACCGCAUCCGGCAGGUGCGCAGCGAGAGCGGCAGCCCCAGGGCGAACAGGAACCUGCUGAGAACCAAAUCCAGCAGCCAGGUGAGCUCUGUAUCUGAGGCCGCUCCGCUCAGCCCCACGUCGCCUCAGAGGACGACCUACACGCCAGAACCCAGAGUCCGCAACGGCGGCAUCGGGCUGAAGCAGAGGCCGACCUCCUACCACCAGGCGGCAGAGACCGGGAGGCCUCAGCCGAGACCCAGAGCCGGAGCCAAUCACCUGCCGGACCUGCUGUCGUCUUCCACAGAAACCCCCAGGAGGCCGCAUUCGACCUAUGACCUCAAGCCGCCAUCUUCCCGCCCUCGGCUGCCUCCCCCCAACAGCGCCAGCAGUCCCGUCAUCACUGGCAGAGUGCUGCCCCAACCUUCAGCCCGCUCCUCCACAGGGGUCGAUGUUUCUACCAAACGCGCCUCAACGCCGCGCCAGUUGAGCCCCGUGCAGCCGAGCCGCCCCCCUUCCUCCACCCCUCCUGCCGCCCCGGACAGAGCGACCCAGAAGGUGACCCACGAGCAGUUCAAGGCGGCGCUGGAGAUGGUGGUGGACCCGGGCGAUCCCAGGGUGACUCUGGAGAACUUUGUGAAGAUCGGGGAGGGCUCCACCGGCGUGGUGUGCAUCGCCCGGGAACGGCACAGCGGGCGCCAGGUGGCGGUGAAGAUGAUGGACGUGAGGAAGCAGCAGCGCAGGGAGCUUCUCUUUAACGAGGUGGUCAUCAUGAUGGACUACCAGCACCCCAACGUGGUGCAGAUGUUCCGCAGCGCGCUGGUGGAGGAUGAGCUGUGGGUCAUCAUGGAGUACCUGCAGGGCGGCGCUCUCACACACAUCAUCAGUGAAACCAGGCUGAACGAGGAGCAGAUAGCGACGGUGUGUGAGGGCGUCCUGCAGGCGCUGUCCUACCUCCACUCUCAGGGCGUCAUCCACCGAGACAUCAAGAGCGACUCUAUCCUGCUCACACUGGAUGGCAGGAUAAAAUUGUCCGACUUCGGUUUCUGCGCUCAGAUCAACACUGACGUCCCAAAGAGGAAAUCUCUGGUUGGGACUCCGUAUUGGAUGGCUCCAGAGGUGAUCUCCAAAACGCCGUAUGGCACAGAGGUGGACAUUUGGUCCCUGGGCAUCAUGGUGGUGGAGAUGGUGGACGGUGAGCCUCCAUACUUCAACGAAACACCAAUCAGUGCCAUGAAGAAACUGAGAGAUGAAGCGCCACCAAGUGUCAAGAACAUGCAAAGGGUUUCUCCGGUGCUGAAGGACUUCCUGGGCUGCAUGCUGACACGUGACACACUGCAGCGGAGUGGCGCUGCCGCCCUGCUGCAGCAUCCCUUCAUGCUGCAGGCUGCUGCGCCGCGCUGCCUAGUGCCGCUGGUGGAGCAGCACCGCAAACGCAUGUCGCUCUGCUGACCCUCACCUGGAGCCACAGACUGGAGGAUCCUCAGGUGGAUCUGAGACUCACCUGGGAUCACACCUGAUGCUUCAGGAUUUACAUAAUACACCUGAGAUCACAUUAAAGACUAACCUCAGGAUUCACCGGGAGCUUCAAAAGGACCACAUAUUUUCUUUCUACUUUUAUUUUGGUUUUUAUUUUUUAUUGUAUUUUUAUAGAGAUGUUGAGGAACCUUUUCAGUGUUUCAGGCAGGAAAUGGAAGGGAGGCGACAUGCAGCGACGGUCCAGAGGUCAGGGGUCAAUCUCCAGAUUACUACAUCCAGGAUAAAUAUCUUCUGAACUCAUGGCUGUUGCAUCUGAUUUUAUUUUUUAUAAACUUCAACCUGAAUUUGAGCUUUUGAAACAUUUCAUGUUUUUUCUAAUUUUAGCUCUAAUUAUAAAAUUUACAUUAUCAGUUAAAAUAAAAACAAUUCCAAACAAAUUGGAAUAAAAUAAAUCAGACUUUUACUCUGAUUUCAGAUCAAAUCACAUUUCAUGUUGAUCUAAUUAACAAACAGCUGAGAGAUUAAACAAUAAGUUCUCCUAUCAUCAGAAAUAUUUCAGUUUAUUUGUAAUUAGAUUGAAUUAUUGUUAAUAUUUGCACUUAUUCACAUUUUGAUGUUUGUGAGUUUUUUUUAAAUAAGCGAAAUGUUGAAUAAAUAUCAGUGUUCUUCUGUCAGAUUGUCAAUU